GAAGCGUCUCUUCUCUUCUUUAAAACGCGUGCGAGGCCGUGUAAAUACGCUUGAGCUUCCUACUCGCCAAGGUAGUGUGACCAACAGACGACUGAUCGAUCAACUCCGGCUCUAAUGAAGUCGCCGCCGUCCUCCCCGAAUCCCCGGAAGCGAUCAUUGUUUCCAGAGAGCACUUCUAAGUGCAUGGAUUACGACAAAGACGUCGUCUCGAGUGCUCCUCUAGUUUCCCGGAAUCAGAAAUCCGACAAAGGGAAGGAGGUUAUUGUGCCUGAUGGUUUUAACAUUGGAGACUCUGAUACUGCAAUGUUUAAUGAUAAGAAAGUCGAGCGAAGUAUCAGAAGGAACGCAAUCAAUUACUCUUUCAAUGAAUGCCCUGACCAUAAAGCUAAGGGAGCUGUUGCCAAUAAUUUUGCUGGUUCUUCUGGUAAGAGUUUAGGCGCGAUGGGGGAUAACAUUAACUAUGCUGAUCUUUUUUUGGAUGAUGAAAUAGAUGUCGAUGAGUAUUGCCAAUUGGUAGCCCAUCUUGAUAGUGUGGAUAUUCCUCCUGGAGUCGAAGCACCUAUGCCACCUAUCCCAUGGUUGUCUGAUCCUGUUAAAAGUGAUAUAAAGUCGGUUCCUGGAAGUAUUUCUGAUACAAAUCUUCAAGCUGCUAAGAGUUUUGCGUCAACCUCGCAUAAUGUUAUUGACUUAGCUGGUCCCAGUACUAAUGCAUCUACUUUCAAUGAUGACUAUUCUGAUCUUUAUUUGGAAGCAUCUAUAGAUAUCGAUGAGUAUGCUGUGAUGCUAGCCCAUUUUGAGAAAAAAGAUAUUCCCUCUGGAAUAGAAGCACCUGUUCCACAUUUUCUGUCAUUUUCGGAUCAUCCUAACAGCAACAUAAAAGCAGUUUCUGGAAGUAGUUCAAGUUUGAUGGCCCAAACAAACAUUGUAAGUCCUGCUCUUGGGCUAUCAUCAUCUUGGAAACAUCCACAAAUUUCCAGUACUAAAAUGACACAAUCUUAUCUGCAACACCAAGGGAGACCUUCUAAUAUUCCAGUUGGAGUAGCAUUAUCAAAAUCUCAGGAGCAAGGUCAAAUCAAUGAUGCCCCUGCAAAGCAAGUUUCUAGCAUGGAGGCAGAUGCAACUACUGGGAAGUUUAAGGAUUUCAAACAAUUCGAUACAGUUGAAGAUCAUUCAGACCAUUGCUAUACUAAUAAAAGUAGUUGUACCAUGCAGAAAAAUUGGGCAAAGAGAAUACAGGAAGAGUGGAAAAUCUUGGAGAAAGAUCUGCCUGAUAAAAUAUUUGUUAGAGUUUAUGAGACAAGGAUAGAUCUCUUGAGAGCUGUUAUUGUUGGAGCCGAGGGUACUCCCUACCAUGAUGGUCUCUUUUUCUUUGAUGUUUCAUUCCCAAGAGACUAUCCCAAUGUACCCCCGCAUGUUUACUACCACUCUGGUGGGCUUCGACUAAAUCCAAACUUGUAUGAAUGCGGAAAAGUUUGCCUCAGCCUUCUCAACACCUGGUCUGGGGGCAAGCAAGAGAAAUGGAUCCCUGGUACGUCAACAAUGCUUCAGGUUUUGGUCUCUAUACAAGGGCUGAUCUUGAAUACAGAGCCCUACUUCAAUGAGCCUGGAUAUGAAGAUGGUAGGGGUAAACCAUUUGGUGAUUCAGCAUCAAAGAAGUACAAUGAAGACACAUUCAUCUUUUCUCUAAAAACAAUGGUGUACAUGAUGAAGCGGCCUCCAAAGUAUUUUGAGGACUUUGUUCAUCGGCAUUUUCGCAAUCAUGCUCAUGAAAUUCUCGCAGCGUGCAAGGCAUAUAUGGAUGGAGCUCAAGUGGGGGAUCCAGUCAAAGGUUUGGUGCAGGUUGUUAAUGGUAAUCAGAUAUGCUCGCGAGUGUUUAAGAAUUCUCUUGCUGCGUUUUUGCCUAUUCUUGUCAAAGAGUUGACACAAAUAGGUGCCAAUGACUGUGAGAAAUUUUUAUCACCAGCACCAGUUGGGAAUAAGCAAAUUGGUAGCAGCAUGCCUCAGGCUGCAAAACCAACAGUUACACAGGAACACUCUUCCCUUGGCUGUCGUCAUUAUAAAUCCACCACAUUUCCAAUUCCCCCACCAACCCAAAACCAAAACGAACCCGGUUCACUGAUCGGCUCAGCUCUCUUCUCUCUCGGUGAAACUAAAGAAGAAGAAGAAGACGAAGACGAAGCGGCCAGAGCCGGUUCAGUAAUGGAGCCGCAGCUAAACGAACCCGAGAAAUCCAAUAAUAAUAACAAGCGAGCUCGUUCCGACAUGGAUACCGACGACGUUGUCGAGGUUGCUGCUCCGGUCGUGUGCUCUCGUGGAUUGCGAAAGAACAAAGAGGUGAUUUUGCGGGAUGUGAUUGACAUUGACAAAUAUGAUUCUGCUGAUGCAAUGUUUAUUUAUGAGAAAAUUGACAGAACUAGCAAAGGAAAGGCAGUGAGAAACUCCUCGGACGGUUACCAAAUUCAUCAAACAAAGGAAGCUGUCCUCCAUACGUCUCUUGGUUUUUCUGGUACAGAAACCAUUGGAUCAGUAAAUGGGAUUGAAAUUACUGAGGAUGUUGCCCCAGCAUCAAAUCACUUUAUUGACUUAGAUGGUCCCAAUUCUGAUGCAACUGCGGAUGAUGCUGAUGACUUCACUACUAUUAAUUUUGAAGAUUUUGACUAUGCCUUCUUGCAAUCCCAUUUCGAUAAUGUGGGUAUUCCUCCUGGGAUAGAAGCGCCUGUCCCACAUAUUCCUUGGUUGUCAAAUCCUCCUAAAAGUAAUGUUAGUUCGGUUUCUGGAAGUAAUUCUGUUGAUUCAAGUUGUCAAUUGAAAUCAGAUUAUGGUGAUCUCCCUGGAAAUGGGAUGUUUCCUUGGGCAGAUCCUCUUAGUUUCAACUUUAAGCCAACCGUAAUGGCCAGUUCAAGCUUCAGUACCCAAUUAGACAGAGUCAGUCACCCAAAAGGACAGUAUCAGUCAUCUUGGAAACAUUUGAAAGCUGCUAGAAAUAUUAAGAAACCAAUUGCUUCACAUCCCCAAGGUAGUGUGCCUAGUCUCCCAGUUGGAGCAGAACCAUCAAGAUCUCAACAAAGGUUCUAUGGAGCUUUGCACCGUAGAAAGAAGCGAUUUGCUUCAAGUAGUUCAACUAAAUAUGAUGCAAUGAAGUUCAAUACUGGAACUGAGACAUCUUUGUUCGGAUAUAACUUACCCAAUGGUGCAAUUGAUCCUUUUGGAUUACAGUCAUCCUCUGGCUGGUUGUCAGAUUCUUCGUUCCCAACUAGUGCUAAACCAUUUCAUUCAAAAUUCUAUGGUCCAGUUGGUUCCAUAUAUCCUCCUGCAGGAUUUCCAGGUAACCCGUGGGCUAAGGGUGCUUCCCAAACUCAAUACAAUGUCACUGCUGCAAGCCUUCCAACAACACCGGCUAGACAACUGUCUAGCAAGGACAUAGAUGAAAUUAUGCAGAAGUACAAGGGGUUUAAACAAUUUGAUACAGUUGAAGAUCAUUCUGACCAUCACUAUACUCUCGCUGGUACACUCCAUGGUCAUCCGAUGACUCAGCCACCAAAGAACUGGGCAAAGAGAAUCCAGGAAGAGUGGAAGAGUCUAGAGAAAGAUUUACCUGAUACAGUAUUUGUUCGAGUCUAUGAGACAAGGAUGGAUCUAUUGAGAGCUGUAAUUAUUGGAGCUGAGGGUACUCCUUACCAUGAUGGUCUCUUUUUCUUUGAUGUUUCCUUCCCCAGUAAUUACCCCAAUGUGCCGCCGCAUGUCCAGUACCACUCUGGUGGCCUUCGACUAAAUCCUAAUUUGUAUGCUUGUGGGAAAGUAUGCCUCAGCCUUCUCAACACCUGGUCGGGGAACCCUAAAGAGAUGUGGAUCCAGGGUGUCUCCACCAUUCUGCAAGUUUUAGUGUCCAUACAAGGGCUGAUCUUGAAUACAAAGCCCUACUUUAAUGAGCCUGGAUAUGCGUCUAUGAAUGGUUCGGCAGAUGGUGAAAUGAGGUCCCGGCAGUAUAAUGAGGAUACCUUCCUCCUGUCUUUAACAACUAUGGUAUACAUGAUGAGGAGGCCUCCCAAGCAUUUUGAGGAUUUUGUUAUGGGGCAUUUCCGGGAUCGUGCUCAUGACAUUCUGGUGGCAUGUAAAGCAUACAUGGAUGGCGCUCAAGUGGGAUGUCUGGUCAAAGGUGGGGUUCAGGAUGUUGAUGAGGGUGACAAGAGUUGCUCUCAGCGGUUUAAGGAUUCUUUAGCAGGGCACAUGCCAAUGCUUGUCAAAGAGUUUAUGCAGAUAGGGGUCAAGGAUUGUGAGAAAUAUUUGUCACCAGCUGUAAAUGGGAACAAGCAGAUUGGUAGUAUGCCUCAGGCUACAACAUCCAUGGUUUCUUGCUGAAAAAACAAAUGAUUUGGCAACCAAUCAAACAUGUCACCCUUCCAAGAGGUGUGGACUUUGGUUCCUAUCUUAUAUAACUUCAGACUCUUCUGCA